GAUAGCUGCCCUCAAAGGCUCAAAAAGAUGCACGUCCCCGCAGCCCAAGAUAUUAUUGAAGAAGCUAUCUGCUCUCGGUCACUCACUCGUUCGCGACCCCUCCUUCCUUCGCCCUCAUCACUACCGCCCUCCUCUCCGCCCCUCCCCCCAAUCUCCAAUAAAUAAAUCCCCCUUCAGCUGUAUAGCUACUAUCUCCUCCUCCACAUAAACAAACUCAACCCUAUACACCCAGCCACCACCAUCACCACCGCCGCCGCCGCCGUCACCGCCAUGUUCUGGUUUUCCUCCCACCAGCAACAACACUCCCCCCUCCCUCCUCUCUCCUCCUCCUCCUCCUCCCCCUCCUCCACCAAGUCCAAAAUCCGUAGAACCCUCAAAUCCCCCGGGCGUCCCAUCGCCAUCCGCAAGGACCACAUCACCGACACUCAGACCCUCCUGAUUCUGCGACCUCAAGGCGACGCACAGUCCGCCGUGGCCUACAAAAUCCAAGAUGCCGAUGGCAUCACCCUCUACACCGCUACCGGUCGCAAGUUCAGCGACCGACCCUGUCGCGAGUUCCGCGACGCCUCAGGUCUCCCACUCUUCGAGCUGCACCGGAAAACUUCCUUCAAGAACAACUGGUCUGUCACCCUCCCCGGCAGUAAGAUCACCAGCCCGAUUGCGACGGGGGCUCUGCGCCGCUCCUCCUUUAGCGCCGCCGGCUGGGGCAACUUCACCAUCACCUUCGACAAUGUAGCGGCUGCAGAAGGAAAACGGCCCGAAGAGAGGACGCUCACGUUGGAGGUACAACGGCAUGGGAAUGUGUUGGCCUUGUUCGACAUCGUCGACGGAGAUCGCAAGGUUGCCGAGGUCAAGGAAAGUAUUCGGCAUAACGAGAAGCUGGCGCUCAUGCCUGCUUCGCGGUAUGGUUAUCGCCCGGUGUUGGAUGUGAUUGUGACCCCUGGAGUGGAUAUGGCUUUGAUCGCGACAAUUGCGGUCAUCGCCUCGGACACGGUGUUUGCGUCGAAUUAUUGAUGUCGCAUCGUUUGUAACAUUGAACGGGACUAUGGCGCCAUGAGAUUAUGAACUUAACGACCCUUUCUUUUCUUUCCUUGGUCUCUAUUUCCUUUUCGUUUGUUUACGCGACACUGGGGCUUGUUCAAACCGUUGAUGACUUAAUCGUGGCGUUUGGAUGACUGACGGAGUGAUCUCGGAGCUUUUCCUAAUGCUACAUUGCUCUACCACUUCACAGGUGGAGCGAUCCAUUGGUUCAUGGUGCAUGGGUUCUAGUACUUGCAAGGCACACUGCACAGGGAGACUGUAUGUUUCCUUCAGCAGUUGGGUCUCCCAUCUAUUCGCUGGAGCUUUCUCAAUAUGUAUAUAUUCGCGCGACCGCUAAACUUUGUCCAAAUCCAUCGGGAAGGGUUGUGAAUGUGGAUGAGGCGAGCGAUUUAUUAUUAACCUCGGUAG